AUGAACGGAGCUAUAGAGGCGGCCAAUAAGAAUAUCAAAAAGAUUUUGAGGAGAAUGAUCGACAAGCAUCGAGGUUCGCAUGAGAUGUUACCAUACGCUUUAUUGGGUUAUCAAACGACUGUCAGAACGUCGACUGGAGCUACGCCAUACUUGCUAGUGUAUGGAAUGGAAGCAUUUAUACCUGCUGAAGUCGAAAUACCGUCUUUGAUAAUCAUCCAAGAAGAUGAGUUAAGUAAUGCUGAAUGGGUCAGCAAGCGGAUUGAUCAACUAACUUUGAUCGAUGAGAAGAGAUUGAUUGUCGUCUGUCAUGGUCAGUUGUAUAGACAGAGAAUGAUUCGUGCCUUUCACAAGAGGGUAAGAGCUAGAAUUUUCGAAGCUGGUCAGUUGGUUCUUAAGCGUAUUUUUCCUCAUCAAGAUGAGUACAAAGGAAAGUUCGCACCAAACUGGAAAGGUUCGUACAUAGUUUGUAAAGUUUUAUUUGGAGGUGGCUUGGUCCUGUCGGAAAUGAACCGUAUGGCCGACACCGAUCAACUCAGAUGCCGUCAAGAGAUACUACGUGCGAAGCUGCGGUUUACAUUUCUGUUAUUCACUUGUAAUCAUUCUGUUUUCUUGUAUUUGUUUUGCUUAAAUUCUUAUCCCUCUCGUAGUGAACUACGUUUGACCUGA